CCACUCUGCUUGCCUUUUCAUUUAGUAAGAAGGAAACUAAACCAGGCUCCUGGUAUAUAAGUGGGGUCAGAGGCAGGGAGAUCAGAAGACUUCUGGAACAGUCACAGAGACUACUUACUGUGACGGGGACCAAUUAAAGAUGGACCUGCGAGACUACCAGUGGGAAGUCAUUGGCCCAGCCCUGGAAGGCAAAAACACCAUAAUCUGGCUUCCAACAGGGACCGGUAAAACCAGGGCAGCGGUGUACGUGGCAAUGCGUCAUCUAGAGAUAAAGCGUAAUGCCAAAGUUGCCAUGAUUGUAAACAAGGUACAUCUGGUCCAUCAGCACUACAGCAAGGAGUUUCAGCCAUAUCUCGAAGACAGGUUCAAAAUUAUUCCCAUAAGUGGAGAAUCAGAGACAAGGAGCUUUUUUGCAAAUUUUACGAAAAAAUCUGACAUAGUUAUUUGCACUGCGCAAAUCCUGCACAAUGCACUCAAGAGUGACAGUGAAGAAAUGCAUGUGGAGUUGACAGAUUUUAGUCUAAUAAUCAUAGACGAGUGCCACCAUACCCAAAAAGAUGCCGUUUAUAACCUGCUGAUGGAGGUAUACCUUGAGAAAAAGUUCACUGGACACAGGAAUCUUCCACAAAUUUUGGGACUGACAGCUUCCCCAGGGACAGGUGGAGCUAGCACCUUUGAAAAUGCCGUAGACCACAUUUUAAAGAUUUGUGCAAAUCUUGACACAUGGAAGAUAAUGUCACCCCAGACUUCCAUCGAGGACCUUGAAGCCAAGGCUAAGCAGCCUGUUAAACAAUAUGACUUGGUCCCAGAAAGGGACGAGGAUCCUUUUGGAGAUAAGCUGAAGGAGCUCAUGGCCACCAUACAUGAGUAUCUUGGUGAAUUUGAAUUCACCAGAGAUUUUGGCACCCAAAUGUAUGAACAGAGAAUAGUUGAGAUGGAGAAAAAUGGGGCAGAGUCUGCCGACAGGAUAAGAAGAACUUGUGCAAUUCACCUCCGCAAAUACAAUGAUGCCCUCUUACUCCAUGAUACAGUAAGGAUGAAGGAUGCUUAUGACUUCCUGGAGGAAUUCUACAUAUUUGAGAAAUUUGUAAAAGAUUCCAGAGAUGAAACAGACGUCUUCCUCUACAGUUUAUUCAAUGACAACACUAAUGAACUUUUAGAAUUGAGUAGAAACAUGAAAUAUGAAAACCCUAAGUUGACGAGGCUGGAAGAGAUUCUGAAGGAACAUUUCCAGGACUCCUCCAAUUCCCAAGGGAUUAUUUUCACCCGCACACGACAAAAUACCCACUCUCUGCUUGGAUGGAUCAACAGCAAUGAUUCUCUUAAGAGUUUCAACAUCAAGGCUGAAGUCUUGACAGGAGCAGGUUUCAGCAAUCAAAGCAAACACAUGACACAGAAUGAGCAGAAGGAAGUAAUUGAAAAGUUUCGUCGAGGCCUCCUGAAUCUGCUUAUCUCAACCAGUGUUGCUGAGGAGGGAUUAGACAUCCCACAAUGCAACAUCGUUGUUCGGUAUGGUCUGAUGACCAAUGAGAUAUCCAUGAUGCAGGCCAGAGGCAGAGCCAGGGCUGAUGACAGCUGUUACUCUUUUUUGGCUAAAUCUGGAGGUAGAGAGAGUCGAAGAGAAAUGACCAAUGAGUGUUUGGAGGACCUGAUGAAACGAGCCAUAAAAUAUGUGCAAGAUAUGCCUGAAAGAGAAUAUGAGGAUAAGAUUAAAGAUCUGCAGAGGGACUCGCUCACUGAGCGUUUGGUGAAAAAAAACAAAGAAGAGAGCAAAAAGAAGUUCUUGCCCUCGGAGGUCCGUUUGGAUUGUCGGAACUGCUCUGCUGCUGUUGCCUAUGGGAAUGAUUUGCGUGUGGUAGAAGAGUCUCACCAUGUAAAUAUUAACCCAACCUUUAAGGUGUACUAUGAAGAAUAUACAGGACCUGUUGUCCUUGGAAAAAAGAUGAUGGAUUGGGUUCCUGGAAGUGCAAUCAGAUGCCGCUUUUGUAAGGCACAUUGGGGAUUGAUAAUGAUCUAUAGAGGAUUGACAACUCUUCCCAUUAUAAGCAUCAAGAACUUUGUGAUAAAAACUCCUGAAAGCUACAAAACAUGCAAAAAAUGGAAAGAUGUGCCAUUCCCUUUGGAGAGAUUUAAGUACAAUGAGUACUUUGAAGAACACCAAUCAGAUACAGAGGAUGACUAAUCAAUUUUAUUUCUGAAAUGGACAAUUUGCUGCUCAGAACACCCCGACACUGGAGAUGAUGACACUAAAAUAAGUUUUCCAUCAUUCCAUAACUUUAGAUUACAGUGCUCUUUCUAUGAUCCUAAAGCUUUGAAGGCAUGAAUUUGGCAAUUGUAGUCCUUCAAUUUUUCCCUCCUAAAAUACUUCUUGGCUGAAAUGCUUUACUUGAAAAAUAAUGGCUGAAAAACCAUGUACAGUAUGUUGGGUACCACUGAAUUGUCUUAACAUCGCAAUGUCUUAUCGUAAUAUUCAUGGGUUAUCAUCAAAUCUUAGGAACAUCUACUUGAAGAUUCUUGUAAUUGAUAACCAAAAAGAACUGAAUGGAUUUUCUUCCGCAGGCAAGGGACCAAAGAAACAUGUCUGUGAAGAUUCUCAUUCAUGCAGGGCAUGGUUGUAUUUUGUCUUGAAGACAUUUCACUAGUUAUCCAACUGGCUUUCUCAAUUAGAAUGACUUGUACAAGGAAUCUCCGGCAUUAAAUAAUGCUGAGUCACGCUUCAGGCAGCAUAAUCAGUUUAUCAUAAUCAACACGAGGUCCUCAAGGACCAAAAGAAACCUCCAUUCAUGUACCAAUCUGGAAGGAAAUAUGGCAGACAAUGCUUGGCCUGAAGAAGGUCUCUUGCUCAAAAUGUAUUAGCUCUGGGCAUCUAAAAAAUAUUGAAUUUAUAACUGAACAUUGAAAGAUAAGAACCAUAGACAACCAUUGCAGGCUUUCACUUUUCCAGAAUUUUCUCCAGAACUAUCUAAUCCUGGUGUGUAUUGUGAGCAGGCAAAGAAAAACCCCUGUGCUCAUGAGAGCUCCUGCUUUGUCUCAGAGGUCAUGUCCGAUUGUAUUUAAACCACCGUCAGUACUGUAGGUUACGGGUGUUGUAGUAGAUGGAGGGAUUUAUUCAACAGACUCCUCUUCUUCGUGUUUUCUACUUUUAUCAAUGCACUUUAUGUCACUGCUGACAUUGCUCUUUUGGUCUGGCUGGCAUUAAUGCCAUGCUAAAUGUGAAGAUCAGAGUGCUCAGUGGAGCAAUAGUCAUUAUGGGGGUCAUUUAUGACCAGGUAUAUGCCACUUUUGUGGCGUAUAUCUGGCGCAGAUUCUGUCGCACUCCAUGGUGCGGCAGAAUCUGCAACGUAUUCCCCGCUCACACCAGGUCUAAAAAAGCGGGCGUGGCGGGGAUGGGACGGGAGGCCCGUCUUAUUCAUCAUUUUCUAUGCCUGGUUUAGGCAUAGAAAAUGGUCUCAAUGUAAGCCAGCAAGGAAGCUAUCUUACAUUUAGAAGCAGUGGUGGAUACGCCAAAGUUAUGUAAAGGCCGGCGCCUCUACAUAACUUUGACGAUCCACCGCCAGCUAUAGGGAUUAUUAAGACUGGCCUCUAAAACACUGGUCCCCUAUAUUUCUGGACAUGUCUUCCUUUUACAUUACUUAUCAGCAGUAAUGCCUUCAGUAGCAUGGCGCAAAUGUACUUAAAAUAAUCAUUUGAGCUUAUUUCUAUUUGUGAAUGUUACAGAUUCAACACACUUUAUGUCAUUUAGUUUAUUCCUUUUGCAGUACCUAUGUUAUUUUUUUUUCGUAUCCUUCUUGUUCAGAACAUAGAGAAAGCUGCUUGAUAAUGAACUGUGGCGGUACUGCUUAAUAAUAUUCAUUACUAGCCAUUUUAACUAGGAAAUACAUCAUCUGAAUUUCCACCAUGUAAGGCUACAUUUCUGGGUCUAUGUCUAGCUGCCUGCAGCUUCCUCCUGCCGGCUCCAAUAUGAAAGGGUUUUAACAGAACCGUAUAAAAGACUUUCAUGUGUGUCCGCCAUCCAGCAACGAAAUCUGUACAAACCUCCCAAGCCAGAACCUUUCUCCCCGGUGUUCUCUUGCUCCUGAACAGGUCACAGUCUUUUGUAUUUCUUGUUGUAUAUAUUGUACUUUAAUUAAAGAUUUCUAACAGAA